AUGGGAAUAACCAACGAUGCAGAGACGGCUUGCAAUCAGCCACUAGACAAGUUCAGACGCCCCGGUGUCAACUUCACGCUCUGCCCGGGAUGCAAAAAGGCAGCAACACAGCAUCUCAUUCGAGAACAUGCCCAGCCAUGUUGGUUCAGCACUACAGGCUGGCCCAAGAUCGAGCGGUCUCUAUAUCUAAAGCAGGAAGACGGUUCUUCCCACUCAGCUGAGUUCGAGAACAUCGUCCCUCACAAGGCAAAUCGUGGGUGCAACGGCGCCACAAGGAACUCCAAGACGCUGGCAUCUGCUUCGACUCGUACGACAAGCGCAGCACAGGCUAUCCAAGCGUCCGAGUCCAUCUCCAACGCCGGCGACAACUUCAUGACCACGGUUGAAAUGCACCGCGCCAAGAUCGACGAAGGGACUCAGAGGCUUAUUGAGUGGAACGUGACGAUUCUUCGGAUAUACCGUAUCUUGAUAGAGGAUGAGGUCUGUGAUGGUGACGUGGGGGGGUUGAUGGGCAUCCUGGAUGAGUUAUUUGACAAGAGGCGUGAGUUGGUGGGGGAGAUGAGGGAGACUGAAGAGGAGCUCGACGAUGCUUACCGAGAGCUGUUUGGUCUUGGAAACGAUGUUCGUUAUCCUUUUCCGGGAAAGGUUUGGGAGGAUCUGCUGCGAAGUGUUGUUCCCUUCCCAGUGAUUAUGGGCCGCAAGUAA